AUGGCCGAUGAGGUCACCAUUCACAGAAACAUCGAGGCACAAACCGAUUCCGGCGUCGGAUCUGGCGCCGUCUAUGCGGCCAAGGCGCAAGUUUUGAACAAGGCGUUGCUCGACCUUGGCAUGGGCCGAUAUCAGUGGUUGCUCUUCUUGAUCACGAGUAUUGGAUGGUUCCUUGACAGUUUUUGGAUGACAUCCUUUGUGGUCAUCGCUCCGGCUGCCUCGAAUGAAGCCCUAUUCUUCUACUCGGGUGACGAAUCUUCUUACUUCUUUGUCAGUUUAUUUGUUGGUAUGACAAUCGGCGCGGCUGCGUGGCCCUGGAUGUCCGACUUGUUGGGCCGGAAAUGGAUUUUCACGAGCACAUUGGUCCUCAUGGGCAUGGGCGGCUUGGUUGGAGCUGGAAUGCCGGCCUUUACUGGACUCUGUGUUGUUGGGUUCGCGGUUGGACUGGCAGUUUCAGGCAAUCAGCUUGUCGAUGCAAUAAUCCUUCUGGAGGUUCUCCCUGCUUCUUAUCAAUACUUGGUCGCUAUACAGGGGGCUCUCUGGGGCCUGGGCCAACUGACCGCCUCUGCAAUCGGAUGGGCCUUCAUCGAGCAAUACACCUGUGGAACAGGCCCUGAUGAACUGAGCACAGCAGCCGUUCUGUCAAGCAUCAAGGCUCGUACAAUAACGCAUUCCAGCAGUGGCAGUAGCAGAAGUACUUCAUCAUCCUGCCAUUAUGUUUCGAACAAAGGCUGGCGCUACGUCUGGUGGACGUUUGGCUGUAUCACUUUGUUUGUCUAUCUUUGCCGCUUUGCAUUCCCGCUUCGAGAAACUCCCAAAUAUCUCCUCUCCCGCCGUCGAGACGCGGAAGCCACACAGAUCGUCAAGGAUAUCGCAGGGUACAACAGACGUCAAACCUGGCUCACGGAGACAUCGUUUGCCCGGGUCGACUCCACCAUUGAUACCAGUGCCGCUGAGAGGCGCAGGCAAUCACGAUAUGCAGCUCUGGCCGUCAUAACGAUCUACACAGUGGAGGCAUUCGCCUCGCCGGUCCGCGGGUGCGGAUUGGCUCUCAUGGGAUCCACGUGGGGACUGUUCGGGCUGGUUGCUCGGAUCAUUACCACGUUCUACGGCGACGCUGUCGCGGGAGGCGGCCCGGUCUGGUUCUGCGGUGCUAUCUGGGUGGUAAUGGGCGGAGCGUGGCUGGCCCUUCCGGUUGAAACCUGGGGAAAAGCAGCAGCUUAA